CAAUUGGUAAAUUGUCAUGUGUUACAGCUCGAACGGUAAUCAACAAUCGUUGAGCUGAACUACAGCUGACAAGCCUCUCUAUAAAAUGUUAUACCAGUAUAUUUCAAACCUUGACCCCUUGACCAACCUUUUUAAUAGAUGCUCAUUUUGGCGGCAAUAUCUGUAACCGACAUCAUUAUAUUGUUAUUAAUUAACUUGUAAAGAAAAACUAUGUCCUGCUGUGAAUCACAAGUACGCAAAGAUGAGGAGUACGAAAUGCAGCUACUUGGCUUUACGUCGAGAAGCAUUUAUACGAUAGUCCAAAACAUUGCCGCUGGAAAGCUUCAAUCCUGUAUAAAAAAACUUUGUACGUGUCUACAAAUUACGUAUAAAGAAAAAGAAAAUUCUGCUGCAAUUAUCAAAGAUAAUGAGAAAAAUCUUGCAAAAAUAUAUUAUCUGCAUUCAAAGCCUCAUAAGGAAGUAGUAAAGAAGUGCAUUCAACAAUUGAUUGCUGUGCCUAAAAAUAUUUUAUUGCAAGAAGAUUUGGGUCAGAGGACUCAAUUCUCAGAAAAAGAAUUCCAAAAGAUUGAAGCAGAACUGAAGAUUCUUCAGUCUCAAGCUCACAGGGCAAUUAUUUUUCGUGAGGCUCUACAAGAAGAACUCGAUCAGCUCACUGAAUUCGAUGUGCUAAUACAAGAUGCAGAGAUAAUAUCUUCAAUCGUUGAAAAUAGCACAACGUACACUGGCAUAGACGAAGAAACUAUUAAAUGUGUUGAAAGAUGUAAAACCCUGGAAAAAGCUGUAGGAAAAUCCAUAACAAAUACGCUUUCCUGUGUAUCCGAAACAUCCCUAGCUUCCGAUGACUUCACGUGAAUUUUCUUAAAAUUCAAAGAUUAAAUUUUUAUUUUCAUAAUGAAUUUUUUCCCUGUUCAGUUCUCAACUCGUGUUUUAUUAUUCGAUUGAAUAAAUUAUUUAUUUACA